AUGAGGGGUUUGCCCUUUCAUGACCAGGGGAAGAGGGGUUUAGAGGCAGUGAAUACCAUAUUAGAAGGGAACCAAGCUCUCUUCUGGGUGAAUAAGAGGCCAAAGUUGAUAAUCCCAGAGGUUGUGGAGCCAAGAUCGGUACUUGAUCACAGAAGCCCGAGUUCUCCCACCUCCACAGCCACACUGUCUUCUUCUCUAGGAAGCGGCAGCUCCUGCGACACCGCCGUAGUGGCGGCGGUCUCCGGCAACUCCGCCAACAAAUGCUCCCUCUCCGACUCCCGCAGAGGUGCGGUCGGGAAGGAGGAGUGGGCGGCUGAGCUGCAGCCGGUACCAGCCGGUCUGGACAUGGGCUUCGUUGCAGGAGGUGAAAGGUGCGGACUUGGGGUCGAGGACUGGGAGGUGAUGCUCUCGGAGACUUCGGCGGCCUCCCAUGGCCGGGAGCAGACCUUUCUCCGGUGGAUCAUGGGCGAUGUCGAAGACCCCUCUGCGGCCGGGCUUAAGCAGCAACAGCUGCAACUGCUCCUCUCUCAGGGGCCAGUGGAUUUCCCUGGCAACAAUGGCAACUUGGGGUUUGGGAUUCUCGACCCGGGUAUUGGGCUUGAACCCAUUGGAAGGAUCCUGGAUGAUCCCUCCGUCUCGGCGUCCACCGGUAGUUCUUCCCCUUUAGCUUCUAAUGUUACUACUGGUGGCGGCUUUUCGCUCGGCAGCAGUGACAGUUGGGUGUCUCAGCCCUUGGCGAGCACCGGCGUCAAAGGGGCCAUCUCCGGUGACCAAGCCGGUAGUCAGCUCUUCUCUCCUCAGCCUCCGCCAGGCAGCACCUUCUCGCCGAUUCUCUCUCUACCGCCAGGUAUGUGCUUCCCGAACGCCAUGGAGGACAAGCCGCAGUUCUUUGGUCCAGAGCUUCUCGUGAACCAGCCAUUAGCCAACUCGAGCCCUCCUUUCUUGCUCAAUGUGGGGCAGCUGGAGCACCAGCAGCUGUCGCACCUCCUCGCCACCCAACCGAAGCGCCAUCGUCCGGUGGUCGACCAUGUUCCGCCAAAACUUCCCUUUCUGGAAUCUGGCGGGAGCUGGGACCUCUUCCUCCGGCAACAGCAGUCAUACCCGCAGCAGCAGCAGAGUCCGAGCUUUCUUCAGCAAAGGUCGGUGAGUCCGAAGGUGGCGGCUCUUGGGGAUGAUGCUACGGCAGCUAUGGCCACACCGCCGCCGCAGCAACAGCAGCUACAAAAGUCGGUUGUUGACCUGCUUUUCGAGACUGCAAAGAUGGUCGAGGCCUGCAAUUUCGUUGGCGCGCACGGGAUAUUGGCGCGGCUCAAUCACCAGCUCCCUUCGCCCCUGGGGAAGCCCCUUAUCCGCUCUGCUUUUUACUUCAAGGAGGCACUGCAGCUGAUCCUCUCGAACAGGUCGAACCCUGUCCUCCCUUCCACUCUGACAGCCCAACAUCAGCAGAGCCAGAUCUCGACUGCUCCCCUGUCGACUAAAUGGGACGUCGUGCACAAGCUCAGUGCUUACAAGGUUUUCUCUGAGGUCUCCCCCAUCAUCCAAUUCUCCAAUUUUACCUGCACUCAAGCCCUCCUAGAGGAGCUCGGUGGCUCUGACCGUAUUCACAUCAUCGACUUCGACAUUGGUUUUGGUGGCCAAUGGUCCUCCUUCAUGCAGGAGCUGGCCCUGCGGCGCUGCUCAGCGGCAGGUCCAGUGCGGUUGCUCAAAAUUACAGCUUUUGUGCCUUAUCGCUCCCAGAACAACCUUGAUCUCUGCCUCGUCCGGGAUAACCUCUCCCAUUUUGCAAGCAACGUCAACAUCCCCCUUGAGUUUAGUGUCCAUAGCCUUGAUUCGUUUGACCCCUUGAAGCUCCUUGGUGCCGGAGGUGAAGCCAUCGCUGUAAACCUCCCUGUAGGUUCUGUGAACCUUUCAUUCACAGCUCUCCUCCGUGUUGUAAGGCAGCUGUCCCCGAGGAUCGUGGUCUCAGUUGACCAAGGUUGCAAUCGGAGUGACCUACCAUUCUUGCAGCACUUCAUCCAUGCUUUUCAGUCCUCCAUGGCACUUAUGGAGUCCAUUGAUGCGUGUGGGAUCAACCAAGAUACGGCUAGCAAGAUUGAGAGAUUUCUGUUACAACCAAGAAUUGAGAGUUCUGUUCUUGGGCGGCACCGUGCAGCUGACAAGAUGCUUCCCUGGCGAAUGCACUAUACAACAACAGGAUUUGUCCCCAUGCAGUUCAGCGAUUUUACAGAGACGCAGGCAGAAUGCCUUCUCAAGAGGGUGCAGGUCAGAGGAUUUCAUGUGGAGAAGUGCCAGGCAUCGCUUUGUCUUUACUGGCAGCACAAGGAGCUCGUCUCUGUAUCAGCUUGGAGGUGCUGAAGAACUACCUUCUUACAGGAAGUGACAUCCAUGCUCGAACGUCUGCACAUGGUGUAAGCGGUCCAGUAGAUGACAGAGGCUGCUGGGUGGUGACCUGCCACUCACUGAUGUGGGUCCAAAGCCCAUGUUUCCAUGCAUGAAUGGCAGGUACAAUCUUGCUCUUGAUGUAAUGAUUCAUUGCAUGCAGGGCUAACACCAGACAAAAUC